UUGGAUCGGUCGUGGUUAGCGCGAAGAAUCGUCCACCGUUUUCGGAUUGAUUGCCCAUCAAAGGCAAGUAAAAAACUAAAAACAAAUUUUUAAAUUCUUUUAAAUGCCUGCGUCCAUAUGGCUGUUCGCGAGCUCCGCAAAAACGCAGUGUGAUUGUUGCUAAGUGACUACGAAGUGUGAAAAGUGCUGAUUUGUGCCGUUAGUUUUAAUAUUUCGGCUGAAGAGAUGUGUGUCAGCAGUGGCAUAUGUGCAGAAAAGGUGUUAAAGUGAGCUGUGAAUGAUUCGUUGAUUAGCUUUGGAUACGAAACGACAGCCGGAAACGGAAGUUCGAGUCCAUGCGUUGAAAAGACGCAUGGGCUGAGCGGCUGAGAAGCUGCGAGGUGGUGGUGAAAAGUAAAAAUCGCAAUUUGCAUUCGUUAAAACCUUAAGUGAAAGUACAAAUAACCCGUUAGCGAGACGGAAGCAAUUACGGGUCGCAAACUUCCGCGCCUAAGAGUUAGCAGGCGCAUAUCAGCGCUCGUCUUGCGUUGGCCGUCGGCCACCCGGUCAGUCGGAUAGUCGUUGGGCCAUUAGUGCCGCUGAUGCCACUUUUAUGUAAUUUUUAUGUGUUAUCUUAAGUGCAUAAUCGUCAACAACAAUUACAACCAGUGGACCUCGGUCAACACUUUUCCACUUGCAGCCAUCAGCGCGUGGGAAAGCGCACAAUCAUACUUUCGCCAGCCGUCCGCAUCAAACGUCAAACUUAGGACUUUGAAAGCGGCAAAUUAGUGUCUAUAAUGACAGUUUGGCCUUCCGAUGCAAAUUCCAACGAAGACCUACUCGCCAUCAUCUGGGCAAUACCAGCUGGAAAGAAGAAUGGCAAUGGAAAUAACUCGUUGCACAAAAUCGCCAAAAAUGUACCGUUAAUGAUGACGCGUAACGAAAUUCACAAUCGAAUGGCACAAAAAAUGCCAUAUGCGAUGUAUUACAGCGCCAAUCGCUACGACAACAACAAUAGUCCAUAUGACACUGGCAACAGUAGCGCGCAGCUGCUACAUGCACCCACAAUAACAACAGUGACAACACUAACUGAUUCGACACACACGAGUAAAAUCAUGUAUGACGAGCAAAACCUGGAAGUCAUCAAUCGCUCACUCUUGCUGACGACAGCUGUCAGCGCCACCGCAACGCCCGCCAGCGGCAGCAACAACAGCAGUCCGCUUCAAACGGGGUUUAUAGCCAACAUCACUAAUAACGUCGCAACUGCCAUUGACGCGGACGAGGAAUGGGCGCGGUUCUACGACCUGAUGCUGUCGUGGCAGGGCAUUUGUCUAAUUGCUGUCUUCAGCACUUUCAUUGUGGUUACCAUCAUCGGCAACACUCUCGUCAUAUUGGCCGUCAUAACAACGCGUCGCUUAAAAACGGUCACCAACUGCUUCGUUAUGAGCUUGGCCAUCGCUGACCUUCUGGUGGGUAUAUUUGUGAUGCCACCCGCUGUAGCUGUCCACUUGAUAGGCUCCUGGCGUCUGGGAUGGGUGCUCUGCGACAUUUGGAUAUCACUGGAUGUGCUGCUCUGUACGGCAUCUAUACUGAGCCUGUGCGCCAUCAGCGUCGACAGGUACUUGGCCGUUACGCAACCUCUGACCUAUUCACGCAGAAGACGCUCCAAGCGAUUGGCGUUCAUAAUGAUUCUGGUUGUUUGGGUCCUGGCUUUGGCUAUCACGUGCCCGCCGAUGUUGGGUUGGUACGAGCCAGGGCGACGCGACCUAAGCGAGUGCCGUUACAAUCAGAACGAAGGAUAUGUGAUUUUCUCCGCCAUGGGCUCAUUCUUCAUUCCGAUGGCCGUUAUGAUUUAUGUUUAUGCGAGAAUUUCAUGUGUUAUUGCGUCGCGCCAUGACCACAUGACGGACAUCAGUGUACAUAAUAAGAAGUUCAAGCGCUACACAGCCGCCGAUGUAGAAAAUGACAUUGACCAUGACUUCUCUGAGCAGGAGCUCAGUUCGGGCCACCGAAAGCAGGCAGCAGCCCGUACAUUUUCAAACCAAACCAUCGCCAAGGAGUUGCAUGACGUGAUGCUGUGCGAAGGUGAGGCUGGCGGCGCCACUACCACGGCAGCUACUGACGGCAGUGGCAAUGAUAACGGCAACGAUGGUGGUGGUGGUGGUUCUUCACCUCAAUGCCAUUCUCUACUUGCUCUAAGUACAGCGAAUGCCAAGAAUAGUUGCUAUGAAUUAACGCGUCCGUCGUCUUUAAGGCGCACUCCGACAUCGUCCUCCACCACGACCGUUAUGACAAGCGGUUGCGGCGGUGGCGGUGGUCUGAACAUUCCCGCAGUUGGCAAUACAAGCUUAAGUGAUCAGCACUGGCCGGCACGUACGCUUAGCGUGCGACACAACCAUCAUUUUGGUGCUUCCGGCGGCGGCAGCGGCUCAGGCUUAAACGCGAUUGCUUCUGCAGCCAGUGCGACCACAUCGCCGCAUUUGCAGCCGGAAGCGGCUGCACUGACACGUCACACACGCAUACAACAACAACACCAUCACCACCACCCCAAAUCCCUUUCGAAUCGCAUCACUUCGCUGAAAAAGGAGAAUAAAACUACGCAAACGCUCAGCAUUGUUGUGGGCGGUUUCAUCGCCUGUUGGCUACCAUUCUUCGUAUACUAUCUGAUAACCCCCUUCCUGGAGGGGCAUCAAGUAAGUCAAACGCUGGCGAAGGGACUCACCUGGCUGGGUUGGUUCAAUAGCGCCAUAAAUCCCUUCAUUUAUGCCUUCUACAGUGUUGAUUUUCGUGCGGCAUUCUGGCGACUGACGUGCAAGCGCUUCUUCAGUGUCUCCAUGAAACCACAAUUUCCAACGAACACUAUGUCCAUAAGACGAUAGUUGAAUGCGCAGAAAAUAUGUUACGUAUAAAUAGUUAUAUCUAGCUUAUAAGUGUAGAGUAAGGAAAGGGGAAGAAGGAUUGGAAUAUCUUUUUCCAUAUUGAAAUUCAUUGAAUUGGAAUUCGGUAAGACGACGUGGCAACGAUUACUUGAGGCUUUUGUGUGCUGGGUUCAGGUUACAGUUCACUUCAGUCCUGCACUGACUUAGCAUUCAGGUCUUUCAGAGGUUAAAACAGUGCGUAGAUCUAAUAGUAAACUAGUAGCUGAAGAAAGGGACCUACUAAUAGUUUUGAAAAUGUGUUGCCAAUUUUUUUCCACAUAAUAUUUAGAAAUUGAGCCUCUCUUCAAAAAAUACAGUCGAGCAAAUUAAAAAUUCUGCGCAACUGCUCCAUUUCACAAUUAAAUAAAUUAAGGUAUGUGAAGUCUCACCUUUUUGCACUGAAAACAAAACGAUCUCUUUUUCAAAUUUUAUCAAAACCGUUUUACCGCCGACGAAUGAAUAAAAUCAUCGAACCGAACGUUCACAUUGACUUGACGAAAAGCCCUUAGGGCCGCAUACAGGACUGCAACAAGCGUCAGUAGCUCAAGGGCAACAGUUGGAAUUCAUCUACGCCUCUUAAUGCAAAUCGAGCUCGCUCACAUGCACCAAUACAUAGGCGCAAGCUCACCAAUAUCUGAAUGAAUGUUUAUGUGUGGCGGUUGCCACGCUAAACUGAUUUCAAAUCUGUAACGUUGGCAUAUUUACGAGUCCGUUUUUAUUUUUCUAUGCAAAGUUGAAUUGCAAAUUGACUGUUUUCGUUAUUUUGUUGCUCUUUCUUUGUAUGCACCACGCCGAACACACAAACCGAAAAAACACACGAGCUCACAUGUAGUGUGGAUCACUUCGAAUGCGGCGCAAACGUUUUGCUGUGGCGCGAAAAUGGCCGAGACGCAACGUGACUGGCAUUCGCUCCGCAGCAGCGUGUGUCGCACUAAUGUAAUUUAGUUGCACGGAAUUUGUGGAACUGCCAAAGCAAAAAGUUAAACUUUCGCCUGUCAGACGUUUGUUCGUUCGAAAGUUGCGUUGCAAGAAAACAAAAACAAUAAACGCAAAAAUUGGAAAAUCGGGUGCAAUGCAGCACAAUAAGCUGCGGGGCGGGUGAGUAAGGCUAGCUUUUGCUAUAACAUACUUUAGCUCAACAAAGCUAAGCAGAUAAAAGCGUCCGCGGCAAGUUUGGUGGAAACUUCUAAUUAAAGUUGCCACGGGCGAAAGCGCGAAGUUGCGCAGGUAAGCGGCUCAACAGUGCGUAUAAGUAACUUCGAGAUUUUCCCAAUAAUUAAAGAACAAAUGAGCCAAAUAAUAAUAUAUAAUGUAUGUAUUUUCCAUGUAAAUAGCUUGCCGAAGGUCUCUUAGUGAAUUCAGUUUGUUUGCUAAUGGAACAAGCUCAGAGUUGUAAUUAGCUAGUUCACGUAAGCACGUACAAAAUCAUCAAAAUUUCUCACCAAUUCAGUUCUCUAAAGCACUGCUUUCACAGAAACAAAUUUGAAGUAAUAAUUAGAAAUGGUAAAAAAUCUUUGGGCACACGUAUUUCGGACUAUACUCGUACAUACCAUUGUAUCUGAAUUAUGAAAACAGAAAACUUUAUUUAGACUUUUAUUUUGCGAAAAUUUUAAUUAACUUGGUAAUUGCAUUAUAACUAGAAGCAAUACGAUCGUUCAAAUUGAAAAACUAUUUCCAUGAAAAGAUUGUAUUUAAGGCUUCACGUUAGCAGUCCACUGUGAAACUUUUUUUGUGAAAAGUGAAUUUUCUGCGGAGGAAAAGAGCUAUUGAAAAUGAAUUUGUAAUAUUGUUAGUCCAAUAAGAAACGUUAUUUUAUUUCCUUCUUUAUUUAAGUUCCAUAAAUGAGAGCGAAAAUAAACGCGCUAAAGUACUUCAAGUAAUCUUUACAAGCCGAGCUCGCGAAGCUUGGUUUUAUAGUUCCUUUUAUGACUUACAUACAUAAAAGCAAAGGUAAAUAUUUGGUUUUCUCAUUCUGACUUCGGGAAAUAAAACACAUAGGUUAAACUACACUGGCCGACAGUCACAUCAUACGUAGACUCUCUGGUGCUUAAUAAUGCCAGGUGCUUUUUGCGAACUUUAAACGCGACAUGAUAUCUAAUUUUGAUACUUCAACCAGUCACUUGAACUGCGGAACUCCUAGACAUCUAAAAUGAGCUCUAGAGAAGGCUGGACAGAAGCAUAGAAAGUGUUCUAGCUCUAUAUAAUCUAUCUCAUAUACCGCUGUUACUAAUGCCUUGUGUAUAUAAGUUAUUUUUCCGCUACCAUUUUUAAUACUCCGCAUAUGUAUAUCUAAUACUUAGUACUUCCGUAUACUUGUAAUUUAUUAAACUAUUACCUCAGGUUUAUCAAAAACCUUUUGUAAAUUCUUAUCUCCCAUAUAUACAUUCAUAGAAAGAUUAUGAGGUAAGGAUACAUAUUUCUGAAUAUUAGUACUUUCUAAGUUCUAAUAGGUCUAUAGAAUUUAAGGUUACUAGAAUAGCAGGCAAGAAAUGAUUUUUUUAACUUAGAUUGGAGCAUAGUGAUUUUCCGAAAAGUUCAAAAAGUUCUGUGAGGUGUAGAGCAAAAUCUGAUUCAAAUUACUAGAAAAUAUAAUGUUUAUUCACCUUGAAUUAAUAACAGCGAAAACCUAUUUGUCGAAAUAUUUUUUUCCUAGGCUGGUAUGUUCCAUUAAUUUUUUUUGUCGGGAGCAGUGUUUUUGAUUGGCAAAAAUUAUUCAACGACGGACCACGUCUUCGACGGUCAUCAACAUCAGCGGAUGAUCAACACUUUAAUAAAAUAAAGGGGUAGAUGCUAGAGCAUCGACGAUUAAGACGAUUAACAGUCAGAGAUCUCACUGGCAUCGUUGAAAUAUCGGAAGGAUCAGUGAAAAUCUAAGAAAAGUGAAAGCACGAUUAGUUCCAAAAUCACUAAAAUUUUUCGGAAAACAGUGUCGCGUUAACGUCUGGGAAAUGACUACCAGGAUGUCGUGAAACAUACUAUUACUGGCUAUGAGUCUAGGAUCUGUGCUUACGACCCGGAAACAGACGACAAUCCGAAUUCUUUCCGACUGACCAAACUGUAAACAAGGAAACUAUUUGUGUGUUUUGCGUCGUUUGCGCGAAGCUAUUCGUAAAAAGAGGCCGGAAUUACUCAUCGUCAAGUCGUGGUUUUUGCAUCACAAUAAUGCACCCUCGCACCCUGCCUUGAUCCUUCGUGAGUUUUUCGUCAAAUUUUCAAUAAAUAUCGUGCCACAACCACCGUAUUCGCUUGACUUAGCUUCAUGGGACUGCUGUCUAUUCAGCAAACUCAAACGACCGCUUCGGGGAAACCGUUUUGAGGCAACUGAAGACACUACAUUUGAAUCGCCACGCGCUUUGAAGGCUAUUUCGGAAAUUGACUUUAACAACUGUUUCGAGGAUUGAAAAAAACGUUGGCACAAGUGUAUUGGGGCCAAGGGAGAUUACUUUGAAGGGGACGAUAUAGAUUUUGAAGAAUAAAUUAAGAACAUGAAAAUUAUAAAGAAAGUCUUGCUAUAUUUUGUUCACAGUUGUAGAACCGCUUCUUCAAUGCUACCAAGUUUUAUUAUAAAUGUAGAAAGGUAUUUUGAAUUUAUUGGGGCUGUUUUCCGGCUUCCCACUUUAACUGAAUGUUAAUAUUUCAGACUCU